GUCCUGUUGAAUGUAAUUUCUGUUAAAAUAACUGAAUCAAAAAUCAAAUAUUUGCAUUUAAAGUGAUUAGAUAUGCAAAUGAAAAUAUUAAGUUCAUAAAUAUUAUUUUGUAUAUAACACUUCGUGUAUAAGUUUGUUUGGUUUUACAAUAUUUUUCAUAAUUUGAAGGCAUAUUUCUUGUUUCCGGCUUUUGAUUAAAUGAUUUUAACAAGUUGAAUUAAUUAUUAUUACCCAUAUCUGUAAUAAACUAUUUAAAAUGCCGGUGCUUGUAUCAGAUGAAGUUUUGGAUUCUUUAAUAUGCAGUUUUUGUGAAAAAUAUCUUUCUGUUGGUCCCAUAAAAAUUUACAAUAACCGAAAAGUAAAAUGUGGAAGAUGUCCAGAAAUUCCAAACGACCCUGGAAUAGAUUCCAUUUAUUUGAUACUUGCAGAAAAAAUUUUAUUCAAGUGUAUCAAUGUAUAUGAAGGAUGCAGAAAUAUCUUGCCCUACAAUGAUGCAAAGAAAUACGAAGAAACUUGUUUGAGUACUAAAUUUUUGUGUCCUAUUUGUAUGGAAAAUAUAUGGAUUUAUUUAUUGAAAAAUCAUGUUAUGCAAAAACAUAAGCAAGUACUUUUAAAUAGUAAUUAUAUUUCACUUAAUCUACAAGAUAUUCCAUCAGUUACAAGUAAAAUUUAUUUUUAUCAUAAUCUUAACAAUUUAUUUGUUGUAAAUAUAAGUUUUGAUAAAUUUGCAGAGAAUCAAUUACAGGUUAAUGCUAGGUUGAUAGGCUACAAUCAACAAGAGGCUGUUGGAACACAAAGAUAUAUUUUUAGAUAUUGUUCAAAGUUCAGUAUAGAAUCUCCAAUAAAACCGUUGUAUUCCAACAAUUCCCAUAAUUUUGAUAUUUCCAAAAUAAAAAUGAAUAAUCCAAAAUGUCAAGGAGUAUCUUAUAUUGAAUUUGAUUUCCAAAUCAAUAGUAUAUACAAAACAUUCAAUAUACCUCAGGAGAAAGUUUCUGGUUUUGAUAUGUGUAAAUCAAGUCUUCAAUUAUCAGAAAAAGAUAUCUCUGCAGCUAGACAAAGUGGUGAUAUGUUACUGGGGAAAAUAAGUUUAGAAUGUUAUUUUUGUAAUCAGCUUUGUCUGAACUCUGUAUUAUAUUAUCAAAGUCAUUAUCUUUAUGAAAAUUCUCAGCAUCACUUCCUAUGUUAUUAUUGUUCGAUUUAUUACAAAACUUUCAACAAUGAAAACUUUCUUAGAGCUACAGAAACAAUACUUCCGUAUAGUGUCUACAGUAAAUUACAGUAUUUUUGCUAUUGGAAUUGUGGGUAUGCUUUCAAUGCUUCUAACUUAUAUAGUCACCAGUUUAUUUGUAUAAAACAGUCAAAUAUGAAAUGUGUAAAAAACACCUGUAAUUUUAUUUCAACUUAUACAGAUUUUGAGAAUCAUUAUGAAGAAGUGCACCAUUUUUCAAAGUUUGAAUGAGUAAAAUAUUUUCAUACAACUGAAUUUUCCAUAUAUUUUAUGUCUGAACCUUUAUGGCCUUAUUGUAUUUGCUAUGUAAAAUUUACACAAUAUUUAGUUAGCAUUAAAUUUAUUUGGUACCAAUUGCAUAUAUUGA